AUGUCUGGUAGUACUCAAAAAUUAUGGGGUGGUAGAUUCACCGGUGAAACCGAUCCAUUGAUGCAUUUAUAUAACGCUUCCCUACCUUAUGAUUACAAAAUGUAUAAAGCUGAUUUAGAAGGUACAAAAGUUUAUACUUCAGGUCUGCAAAAAUUAGGACUAUUAACUUCAGAAGAAUUGGAAAAAAUUCAUUAUGGUUUAGGUGAAAUUAAAAAGGAAUGGGAUAAUGGUACUUUUAAGCGUCACCCAAAUGAUGAAGAUAUCCAUACUGCCAAUGAAAGACGUCUUGGCGAAAUCAUUGGAACUCAUAUCGCAGGUAAAGUUCACACAGGUAGAUCUCGUAACGAUCAAUGUGUCACAGAUUUAAGAAUCUAUUGUCGUGAUAUCUUGGUCGAAAAAUUAUUACCUUUCAUGAUUGAUUUAGUUCAAGUUAUAACAAAGAGAGCUGAAAAUGAAAUUGAUAUUUUAAUGCCAGGUUAUACUCAUUUACAAAGAGCUCAACCAAUUAGAUGGUCCCAUUGGUUAAGUUCUUAUGCUACUUAUUUCACUGAAGAUUAUAAAAGGUUGAAACAAGUCUUGGAAAGAUUAAAUAAAUGUCCUUUGGGUGCUGGGGCAAUUGCAGGUCAUCCAUAUGGAAUUGAUAGACAAUAUUUAUCAGAUGAAUUGGGUUUCAAUUCAAUUAUUGGUAAUUCUUUAGUAGCAGUUUCCGAUAGAGAUUUCAUUGUAGAUAUCAUGUUUUGGUCUACUUUAUUCAUGAAUCAUAUUUCAAGAUUUUCCGAAGAUUUAAUCAUUUAUUCUACUGCUGAAUUCGGUUUCAUUAAAUUAAGUGAUGCUUAUUCCACAGGUUCUUCAUUGAUGCCUCAAAAGAAAAACGCAGAUUCAUUAGAAUUAUUAAGAGGCAAAUCUGGUAGAGUAUUUGGCCAAUUAAGUGGGUUUUUAAUGAGUUUGAAAGGUAUUCCAUCUACUUACGAUAAAGAUAUGCAAGAAGAUAAAGAACCUUUAUUUGAUUGCUUAACCACAGUAGAGCAUUCGAUCUUAAUUGCUACGGGUGUCAUCUCUACAUUAACUGUUCAAAAGGAAAAUAUGCAAAAAGCACUAACCAUGGACAUGUUAUCCACUGAUUUAGCUGAUUAUUUGGUGAUGAAAGGUGUUCCAUUCAGAGAAACCCAUCACAUCUCAGGUGAAUGUGUCGCCUUGGCUGAAAAAUUAAAUUUAUCUGGUAUUGAUAAGUUAACUUUGGAACAAUAUCAAGAAAUUGAUUCAAGAUUUGAAAAGGAUUUAUUCGAAACUUUUAAUUUUGAAAAGAGUGUGGAAAAGAGAAAUGCCAUUGGUGGUACUGCCAAGUCAGCUGUUCUCAAACAAUUAGCUUCUUUAAACGAAGAAAUCUCUUCUACUAAUUAA